AGCAGCAUAACAUCUUCAAGGCAACAAGGCAACCGAUGUUCUCCACUUCAGCACAUCAGAGGCGUCCCUGCACCAGUCGCCCUAAAGGUACCCGUUUACAAAGUGAUAGGGCUUAGGGUUUUUAACUCGGGGCGAGAAGCUGAUUUGAAACCCCCUCUGCUGCCAAGCACAUGGACGGCUGCUGAUUAGAAGAGGGUUGGCAGCAGUGGGCAGAUGCCAGGCGGGGAGAAAGAUGACGGCCUGUCGCCAGUCUGCCACCCAACCCCUCACCUCCCCCAGCUGCCCCCUCCCCUACUGCCCCCUCCCCCAUUGUAUACACACACAAAAAAGAAAAAAGACCAAAGACAUUUCAGCGACAACCCCGAAUGGGGGGAUGGGAUGAAGUGUAGUACUGCUUUGUAUCAACAUUCAGCAAAUGUGACUCUGUUGUGAUGACAGACAGGCAAAGACAUGAAACAUAUUGACUUUGUUUUUUUUACAGAUCUCAGUUGUUUUGAUCAUAUGAAGAUGACAAUAAGUCUGAUUAAGUUGCACAAUUGAAGAUCACAAUGCAAUCGUUCUUAUUCCAUCUUCAGGCCCCCACACAAACAUAACACGUUGUGCGAGUGUGGGAUAUUGAACAUUUCUUUUAUAAACCCACAGAAGAUGAGAUAUUUUGUGCUUUUUCUGUGUUUUCAAAAUUCAGGAGAGUGAAUAGUCGUGUGGGGAAACAAAAAUGUGCUGUUCUCGAUUGAAUACACCUCGCUCAAUAUGAAACCAUGAGGGUGAGUUCAAAGUUAAGACAGAAGGUAUAAACUGAUUUUCAAGGUGGAAAAACUCAAUGCACCGUUCUAAUAAGUGUCAACCGCGUGUGAGUAGCCAAUGGUCACUGUGAACAAUAGUCUGGGUCCGUCAGGCUUUAAUCAUUCUGCUAUAUUCCUGAGCGUAUUGAUUUCAGAGCAGCUCAAUAUGACUACAUAACUCGUCCAUUUUACUGCGACACUGCCUGCAUCUGGCCGUGUGGAGUUAGAGUGUCAGACACACACACACACACACACACAUGCAAUUACACAUUUACCCCACUUGCCCCUAAAUGUGCCCGCAUACUUCAAACACAAACCAAUGCAAGUCAUGUGAGUUGAUGAAAUGCAAAAGGGCCUCAACAGCUGCACUGCAGAGCUCCAAACCUCAAACCUGCAUGAACAAUCUGAAAUCAAUAUUUAUUUUGUCAUAUGUGUAAAAAACAAAGGACAUGACUUCAAAGCUAUAUCCUUCAGCUAUUUAAUUUAACUUUGGGCAAUUUACUCUCCCUUAAAGGGUAAGCAGUUAGCAAUCAUAAGCCAAUGCAAUACAAGUAACUCUGCCGGUUUGAUAUUAUUCAGUGGUAAAUUCUCCUGGGAGAAAAUAAAUGAGAAAUCAAUAGCUGUUUCCUUCAUUCAUGAAGGAUGAUAUUUUUGAUUAAAUGACUGUUAUGUAGUUAUAUAAUGUGAGCAGAGGUAGAAAACCUGCUUUUAUCCAUUCAUAGUCAUAAUUGUUCAUAUUAUGAGAUCAAUUAAUUGCAGGUGUGUCUGAUUUAUUUUCCUUUUAGAAAAUAUUUAAAGCAAAAUAAUAAGAGGAAACUUGUUUUAACUGUGACUAACUACAUGGGGCCAAAGAAGUAUUUGCAAAGAGAGCCUUUAAACUCUCUACAUUUAAUGAAAGCCACAACUUUUUAUUAAUAUUGUACUUUUAUUAACGUAUCGUUGUUACAGUAAAAAUCCAGUUCCUCCUCAACAUUUAAGCGCAUUUUGAAUAUUACGUCAAUAAAACAAGCACAGACCUUUUUUUGUUUAAUCCUUGUUUAUAACUCAUUACCACUCACCUCAACAUCAUCAACAAAAGUGUUACACCACAUCAUGUUGAGUGUCAGCACAGCUAAUUCCCAUUCAGCUAAUGUGCCGAUGAGGUAAUGCAGGCAUCUCUAUGUAUGACCCUACAUCUUCUUACCUCCUGCCUCUCUGUCUGUCUGACCUGAUGCUUUUCUGUCUUGUUUCAUCUGCCCGCCUAACUGUCUCUAUCUCGAUACUCUCUUUAUCUGUCUGUCUCUCCGUUUGCUUGUCUUUCUGCCUGCCUGUCUGUCAGUCCCCUGUCUCUCUCCCAUCUCCUAUAUCUCCUAUAUCUUCUAUAUCUCCUAUAUAUCUCCAUCAGCCUGGGACUAAAAUAUCCAAGGAGCUCCUGCCUGAAACUGAGACCUGGUAUGCACUGCAGCGGAGUUCAUAUACACACACACACACACACACACACACACACACACACACACACACACACACACAGUUAUACACCUUAACAGACCGACAGGUGCACUGACGGUAUGCCUAUGUGCACCUAGAAAUUCACAUGCACACUCAUGUACACUUACCAUUAUAUAAACUUACACACGUGCAAGUGAGAAAGGGGUCUCCAUGCAUACACACGCGCACACACACAUGCACACGCACACACUGUGAUAGUACAGCACUGAUGCCUAUAGCCAAUGGUCUGUGUGUAGAGGAGACAGUGCCCCCUGGUGUGGGCCAAACAGUACUCCCAGCCAGCCACAUCUUGACCCAGUCUAUAUUUGGAGCGCUCGAAUGUACUCUUCUGGGAUUGAUUAGUCCUGCCUGAAACAGAGACACCACCUAUAUCUUCCUGAAAAAUACAAACCAUGAAGAGAAGACAGACCAUUUCAAAUAAAAGAGAGUACAAUAUAUAAUCAGUGUCUCCAAAAAGAUGUAAAACUUACUUAGACUUUUUACACUGCAGUGAACAAUCUUUCUCCUAACUCUGCAUAUUGAGGGCUAACUGACGUUUAUGUUUCAUCCUCGUGAUGACGGUGUUCAUAACUACUAAACUGACUUAAAUACACUGUCCAGCUCGGGCAACUAUCGCAGGUAUAUAAGUUGUACCUAUGCCAAUCUUCCAAAAUGCUAUCAUAAUUUAGAAAUUAAUUUGAUAUUGUAUAUGUAUACACCUGCACUAUUCGUAGAUAAAGUCAAUAUAUUAGAUCUACAAUAUGCAGUGUUUUCAAAUCGUCAUUACGGUAUUGAAUAUAGUAUUGUCGUGUUGGUCAUAAAUGUAUUUGCAAAAUAAAGACAGCAGUUGGAUUGAAAAAGAGCAUUACCAAAAGAUAGUUUUUUAAAAUAUGGUUUAUUACACUCACGUGGGUGUACUGUACGCAAAUACUGUGAGCCCUGUCACGGUCUAAUAACACUGUACUUGACACAUGUUGUGAUAACAACAACGUGUAAUAGUCACAACAUGGGCAUGUCUCCUUUUUAAUAGUUUCAAUGAAAAUGUAAUCGUUAUAUCUGUAAUUAUAUUUUAAAAAACAGGCCAUCAUUGGACAUUCAUUUUGUUGAGCUGAAAUGUAUUUAUACCACUUGUGGGCUCUUUUUUUGCACUAUGUAUUCAGGUAUUUAAAUAAAUAAAUGAAUCAGUCCUGCUAAAAGGCGAGCUGUAUUGCACCUAUUUAAAUGGUGCUGUUGCUGUUUACAACACUGUCAGACCACACUGCAGAAGAGGAACAAGCACCUGAUGGAUGAGCACAUUCAUUCCGAUGCAUACUGAUGAGGAAGACUGCUAUAGGCCACUCUUCUUCCCAGCAGUGGCCACCUUGACUGCCCGUUUUCAAAACCGCUGUCACAGUUUCAGGUUUCCACCACGCUGUGCUGUAUCGCUUGUCUCCAACAGAGGUCAUUAAGCCUGUAAUCACAGUAAUAAAGGACAAGGCUAUGCCCUGUUUUGCAUGCAGACAAGUCCAAAAGCGCGUUCACAGACACAUGACAGUGUAGACAAGUGAGUGCCCGUACACACUGAGUGCAGAGUGCGUGAACAACAAAAAAUAAACUGUCAAACUUGUCGAAUACAAUUGCGCACAUGGCACGGCGCCGCUGGUUGGCUCUGUGUGUGUGUGUGUGUGUGUGUGUGCGUGCGUGUGUGUGUGUGUGUGUGUGUGGAGGAGGGAAUGCCCCUCUCGUGCACCGACAAUCACCACCAUCAGGUCCAUUGUUCCCGAUCAACGUGAUUGUAAUAAUAAAGGGAUGAGUGUAUUUGAGGUGUGUUAAGUGCAUGGUAGAAAUUAAGGAGCCGGGUGGGCGAGCCUCUCGCAGACCAGAGCGCGCACUUUCCUCAAGAGCGUACACUUAUCUGUGCUUGGGUACGCACGUGGACGUGUCCGCGUCUGAUCGCUGGACUUACGAAAUAACCAGCUGAGCACUGACCAUGUUAGACACCCUCUCUCUCUCUCUCUCUCUCUCUCUCUCUUACACACACACACACACACACACACACACACACACACACACACACACACACACACACACAGUUGCAGUAACAGUUGUGUGUGCACAGAUGUGUGCAUGUUUUGAUCGCACAGACGCGAACCUGACUUUAAAACAAACACAAUUAAUAAGACCGUCGAUGCAAAAACAAUAUUGCUUAAAACAGCCGAGCUAAUCGUGUAUACGUAUCCUUCUUCUCGCCCUGUCAGGCUGCCGCUGCAAAGGUAACAAGAACAAUGCUCUGUUUGAAUUGGCAUAAUGACAUUUAAUUAAAAAAUAAGACAUAUUCGGAUACAGAUCAUCUUUGUUGUAAAUGUCCCUGAAUCUACUGACAAAAAACGGCAUAACGAAUCCAUAGAUACAUUAAUUUGCAUUUGCAAUGGUUACAUUAUCAUCUCAUCUAGUUGGUAAAUGUGUCUGAUUUCCUUUUAAAAAAUGAAAGGUGUUAUAAUCACGUUAAACUAAAUAACGCGUGAUGGAUGGACCCUACUUUUUGCAGUGUGGAGUGUUGGUUUUGUUCGGAGGCUCCAUAUCUAUAUGGCAGGAAAGGGGGCGGGGAUGAGAUAUUCAGAUGAGCCGGAGUGACAGCUCCAGUUUCCCCCAAUGCUCUGUGUGUCUGAAACUCCACUGGCUCCUUCCCUCCUAACUCCUCACUUCAUAGUGCUGCGUACUAAAAAGAUCGGACGCUAGGGGAUCAAGACGCAUGCCACAUUGCCUCUAUGUGGGCACUUUAACAGAUCUUUCGGGGGUUUUUUCCCAGUAAGGGGGCUGCGGAGGGAGGACUUUUUUAUUUUCAUUGUCUGAUGACUGUUUGCAUGGCUGAUUAUUGAGUUGAUUGUUUACUAUUUUGGCUGCUGUUGAUCGCCGCCCUGCGCGUUUUUUUUUUCUCCUCCCGUUUCGGAAUCCGCGACCUAUCCCGCGCUCACCAAUGUCCUAUCCUCAGGGUUACCUCUACCAGCCUCCGGGCUCGCUGGCUCUUUACUCGUGUCCGGCGUACGGGGCCUCGGCUCUGGCUGCCCCGCGCAGUGAAGACUUGGCGAGGUCGUCCUCUGGCUCAGCCUUCAGUCCUUACCCGGGAUCGGCUGCGUUCUCCGCCUCGGCUGGUGCAGGCUUCUCCAGUCCACUGUCAUACUCCACGGAUCCGACUACGGGAUUCCCAUCCUACAUGAGCUCUCCAUAUGACGCGCAGACGUCGGGCAUGGCGGGGGCAUUAAGUUACCACCCAUACGGGAGUCCGGGGUACCCUUACCAAUUCAACGACCCGGCUUACCGCAAAAACGCCACCAGGGACGCCACGGCCACCCUAAAAGCCUGGCUGCAGGAGCACAGGAAGAACCCGUACCCCACGAAAGGGGAGAAGAUCAUGCUGGCCAUUAUCACCAAGAUGACCCUGACGCAGGUCUCCACGUGGUUCGCCAACGCCAGGCGGAGGCUCAAGAAGGAGAACAAGAUGACCUGGGCGCCCAGGAAUAAGAGCGAGGACGAGGACGAGGAGGACGGGGACGGGGAGAGGAAAGAAGUGGAGCCCUCUGAAAAGAACCUGGAGAACAGCGAGGCUUCAGCGGAGGAUGAAGGUAUCAGCCUGCACGUCGACACCCUGACGGACCACUCCUGCUCGGCGGAGUCUGACGGGGAGAAGGUCAGCUGUCGCGGGGGCGAGCUGGGCUCCGACCGGGCAGGCGACAAAUGCGACGAAGACGGCGAGGACCAGAACCACGAAGCGCGAGCAUCGAUCUCGCCCAUAUCCGUCACGUCGUCGCCUCCACUAGAAUCUCCACUGCUUGGUCACCACCACCACCAGCAGCAUCAGCCGCCACAGCACCACCAGCUCCAUCACCUCCACCAUCUCCACAGCCAGCGCGAGGAUUUGGCCCGGAGCCUCAUCAAUAACCACAUUAAUACCAACAAAUCGUCUUCCGGCCUAGAUAGCAGACCUUCACCGCAGAACCCUACGGUCAAGCCCAAAUUGUGGUCGCUGGCGGAAAUUGCUACCUCGGACCAAAAGCAGCAACAUCAGCAACCGGGGCAGAAUGGGCUACCACAUGGCCCCUCCUCCAGCGGUGGCCUCCUCACCCCCCCUGCGUCUUCCACCACCUCCCCGGCUGCCAGUUCCCCCUCCCUCUACACAACCCCCUCCAUCCUCGGAAGACCUAUUUAUUACACUUCUCCCUUUUAUAGCAAUUACACAAACUAUGGCAACUUCAGCCCCCUGCAGGGCCAAGGGAUCCUGCGCUAUACUAAUUCAUCCGGAGUGAGUCUGGCUGCUGCUGCGGCCGCCGCCGCCGCCGCCGCUGCAGCAAACGAGGGUCUGAGCUCCUCUCAGCAGACUCUGGAGUCGAGCUCACACCCCAAACACAGACCAGACUCUCCCCUCGUUAAAUUUAACCCGAACCAGAUUGUUGUUGUCGAGCAGCAGCAGCAGCAGCAUUUCAGACACGCACAUUUAGAAGCGAAGAAAGGUACGUAAUAACAGCGACGCGUUCACAAAAAACAAAAAAAACAAAAUGAUAACCAUUUUUUUUGGAAGAUUCAUUUAAUCUGGUGAGAAUCUUGAGAUUGUAUUUUCUCUUAAACGCGGGAGGGAGGCAUGCUCCGUGGCGGAAGUCAAAUGAGUCACUUGUUUUCAAUGCAAAUUAACUGUUUAUUUAUGUAUUUAUUAUUAUUUGUUGUCACUUUCAUGUGUCUGAGUAGUCAAAGCAUUGAACGCAACAUUAACAAUGCUUUCAAGCUUGCAUGAGACAUACGUGGCAUUAUUUUACACUAUUGCCGAAUUAUUGCUUGUUUAAAAAUGACGACGAUGUGAGGACUGAUUAUGAUACUAAGUUACCUUUUGACAUUUCCCAGCACUGUCAAAGCGAAUAAACACGUUGGUCUAAAACGUGUCUCUAAAACGUGUCGUCAGCGCAGUGCAUUUUCUGGAAUAAUCAAUUAAUUAUCAUUUACAUAUAUAUUUUUAAUAAGACAUGUAUUCGAAGACGCAUUAGAAAGCAGUAUAGCCCGAAGAGGUUAUAAGAAAAGUGUCGCCUGCUGCAAACACAUGCACACAGAUUAGACAUUAACAUUGAGGCUGAGGAAGACAGCGCUCAAGUCAACCUACACGCACGCUCUCACGUUCAAAAACGCGCGUGCACACACAGUGGCAGUUCCUGAAUCCAAUAAGUGGAGAAAUGUUGCCAUACCUUUGACCAGGAAUCCUAUAUGUUGUAUGUUUCCUCCGAUGAGUGUGUGAGUGUGUGUGUGUGUGUGUCAGUGUGUGCGCGCCCGCACAGCAGGCCCCAAACUUUAUCUUUCAGUUGGAUAAUUAUAAUUACAGAGGGUCAGCCAAAAGCAAACAAAUCACAGUUUGCUCUGUGCAUUCACCGGGAAACUUUACAUAUUCUAAUGUCACUUGGGUUAUUGUGGGGGGGUUUUCUUUCUUUUUUUCCCUUUUCUAUCUUUCUACCGGUAAUGAGGCAGUGGGGAUUUUAAUAAGCACUUGCAGUAUCGAUAUGUUUUAAGAAGAGCCAACCUGAAAGAACAUAGUGUUUCCUGAGGGGCUGUGGAGGGAGUCGGUCGUGUGGGAUUUAUAUUUCCACGGUCUGCAGGUAGGUGUCACAAUUGCUUUGACUAUAAAGCGAGUAAAAACACCACCUUUUGGCCCCAUGUUUUAACCCCCACAACCUCCACUUCAUACCGGAUCUAGUGCCACCACAGAGUCGAAAUGAAAGCUGCUACCACUUCCUCAGCUCCGCAGAGACUGAGGCGCUCUCCACCAUCACGUGUGUGUGAUUAUUAAUGUAUUAUUUCAUUGUUACUUUUUUUUCCCUUGACGCAUUGUGGAUAAUCAUUACAUAAUGCUGGUUUGAAAAAGAAAUAUCUCCCGCUAUAUGUGAUGUACAUGUUAUUUCUCAGGUUCCUAUAGUUUGCUUAUUUGCCACGGUAUAUUAUUUCAGCAUAUUCACGUGUGAAAAAAAAAUGAUUUGGCCUUUCUGUGAAACUAUAUGUGUAAAAGGAGGUGUCUUGGGACGCAAGGCGAACGGGACUGAAGUGAACUUGAGGACUUCAAAGUGGAAAAGCCUACAUUUGAUAUUUAUUUUUUUAAGUGAUGGCGAAAUGAUGCCUCUAAUUUAUGCAAGUUGUAUUGCAAAAAUGAGAAGCUGACAUCGUCUGUUUGUUUGUAAAUAUAUAAACAUAUAUAUUAUGGACGGUUUUUAUUUGAGACGCAUUUGGGAAGAAGCUACACAAUCUUGUUAUCAGGAGUACUUUUACUAAUUUAUAUCUUCGAAUGUAAACGAAAUGAAACGCGCUGGUGGAGUUGUACUAUGAUAUCCAUUAUUCAAAGGAGAAAAUAUUAAACUGUUUUCCCAACUAUA